AUGGUUGAGGGUUCAUCUUCAUCAAGUUUAGCUCAAAACAAGUCCAGCAAUGAAGAUAAGAAUGAGAAAAAGUCUUCCAAUAUUUUUCCUUGCAAAUUUUGUAAAAGAAUAUUUUUUACUCCACAAUCUUUAGGAGGACACCAAAACGCACAUAAAAACGAGCGUGCAUUCGCAAAAUUUCAGAAAGAGAUACUUAAAGGUAUUGAGUCUCGUCAUUACCCGAUUCCUUACUACACUAAUUAUACAAUCCCUUUUCAUCGGUUUAGAUUUGGAUCCUAUAAUAGAGCACUUGGAAUUAAUAUGGAAUCUAUGAUUCACAAACCAAUACCAUACUAUUCAUGGACUCCAUCUCGUUUUAAGUCAUGUUCUUCUUCUUCUACGUGGACACCAAAGCAAGAGGUGAGAGAUUUCUUGUUUCCUGAUGGGCUGAAGAAUGAGGGUCUUAAUCUAAAUAAUGGAAAUAAUGUCGCUCCAAUUUUGAGGAAUAUGCUGAAUUUAGAAAAUAGUGUUGAAAAGUCUUCGAUAAAUAUUGCUAAAGAGUCAAGCUCAACUGAAAAGGAUUCAAUAAUAGUUGGGACGAGUUGUGAUAAUCAUCAUACUAAUGUGAAUGAAGUCUCCAAUUCAGAAUCUCCUGAGCUUGAUUUGUCGCUUAAGCUUUAA